AUGGUUCUGGUUUUAGGUAUAACAGCUGCAGCAAUGGCUGAAGCAAUGAAGCUGCAGAAGAUGAAACUUAUAGCUAUGAACACUCUUCAGGGAAAAGGAAGCCAAAAUGGAACUGAAUCAGAGCCUGAUGAUCUUAAUUCUAAUACAGGUGGAAGUGAAUCCUCCUGGGAUAAGGAUAAGAUGCAGUCUCCUCUUGUUGCUCCUGGACCCCAACAUGGAAUUGCUCAUGCAUCCCUGGCUGGCCAGCCAGGCAUUGGGGGUGCUCCUACCCUCAAUCCACUGCAGCAGAACCACCUGCUGACCAAUAGACUGGAUCUGCCAUUUAUGAUGAUGCCGCAUCCCCUACUUCCAGUCAGCUUACCUCCUGCAUCAGUUGCCAUGGCAAUGAAUCAGAUGAACCAUCUCAAUACUAUUGCCAACAUGGCUGCUGCAUCCCAGAUUCACAGUCCACUCUCCAGAGCUGGGGCCUCAGUUAUAAAGGAACGGAUUCCAGAGAGUCCUUCUCCUGCUCCCUCUCUGGAAGAGAGUCAUCACCCUGAGAGCCAGACCUCCUCCCACCCCAGCAGCAGCGUGUCCAGCUCUCCCUCUCAGAUGGAUCACCAUUCAGAGAGAAUAGUUAUGAUGCCCCCAAAUAGAGAAGACCUUAUUGUUGAACAGGAUACUGGACCAACUAUCAAAAAAUUCCAAAGGGAAAAUAAAGAAGAGGUACCUGUUCAAAUUCCAAUGAUGAAGUCACCCUUGGACAAGAUCCAACUGACUCCUGGGCAGGCAUUGCCUCCUGGAUUCCCUGGACCAUUCAUUUUUGCUGAUAGUCUGUCCUCUGUGGAGACUCUGUUGACCAACAUUCAGGGUUUACUGAAAGUGGCUUUGGAUAAUGCUCGCAUUCAAGAGAAGCAGAUUCAACAAGAAAAAAAGGAACUGCGAAUGGAGCUCUAUAGAGAGAGAGAAAUUAGAGAAAACCUUGAAAGACAACUGGCAGUUGAGCUUCAAAGCAGAACUACCAUGCAAAAGCGCCUAAAGAAGGAGAAAAAAACAAAGAAAAAGCUACAAGAAGCCUUGGAAUUUGAAUCAAAGCGCAGGGAGAAAGUGGAGCAAGCACUUAAGCAAGCCACUACUAGUGACAGUGGACUAAGGAUGUUGAAAGAUACUGUGCUUCCAGAUAUUGAAAUAGAGAACACUGGAACUCCUCAUGGUAGUUCUGCUAUGCAAGCCUGAACACUGAUGCCGGAACUCCAACUGACCAUAGGCACGAAUAGGGUGCUGUAGCAUUUACCUGCUUAUCUAGUGUUGUAAUUCUUUGAAAUUCAUACUCAAAUUCUUAAAAUAUGGAACCAUUGAUUACUAUUUGUUCAUUACUGAUGAUUAGAACCUUGCAUAUACAAGAAAAACGUGUUAGAGAAUGGGCUUCACUAUGUUUAGGGAAUAAUCAUAAUGAUGAUUGAACAUUAUACAUUACACUUUUAUGACCUUUUUCUUUCACGGAGUUCAUAGUGCUUCAUAAACAUUAUCACAUUAAACCCGGAUCAUCCUAGUGGGGUAAGUAGGUAAAAGAAUUUUUUAAGACACAGAAAAUGCUAUUUCUAAAUGGUGUGACAGAAAUGAAAAUGCAGACAAACCCAGUUUAAGCUGUAAUUGCUAUGAAAUAGCUUUAUAUUUGGAUGACCUGAGAUUUAAUAGGAAUUAAUGUGAGGAGGUAAUUCAUAUGUGCAAAUAAUCAAUAUUUAUUAUCAUUGCAUUGAAGAUCACCUUUCUAAAAGAAACACAUUGACUAUAGAGUUCUCUAAGGCAAUAUAGAGAGCUCUAGUUUGUAGGUUUUUAUCACACCUAGUUCUUUCUUUGAUUUUUUGAUGGUAGAGCAAGGUAUUUAAUACCUUUCUUCUAGUUUGUUCCUUACAUGUAUAAAAGGCAACAAUAAAAACACACAACUAAGAACCAAAAAAAUACCCCUUUAU